UUGAGUCUGCUUUAGACCACUACCGCUGGAGAUUGUCAGAUCUCGCUUGCGUCCAUGAAUGCCACUCAGGCAAAAGACAGGCUAUAUAGCCAACUCGCAGCUAGUCUGAGGAACAUGUCACGCGCUGUUGGGCAGACAGCAGACCUCUUUGAACAACUUCAGACAGACUUGGACGCCAUGAGAGUUCUGGCUGGCACACAUGCUGCACAGUUCAUGACUGUUGCUGCGGAACUCAGCCCCGAGACUGAUGGGGGAGCAAAUACAGAGGGAACUGUGGUGGGUGGUACAUUAUUAGAAAUUUUUGUUAUUGAGACCCCUCUAGUGAAUCAUAUUCCGACUCGAGUUCACUCAGGGAACAGAGACAUCAAAAAAUAUUUAGCUAUAGGUCCGGUUGCAUGCAGAUCAGUUACUCGAGCACGUCAACCUCGUCGCGGUAGUGUCCAUGUCCAUCAAAGAUUUCAAUAACGAGGAGCUUUGCGAGGGGCAUAUGUCCUUCUCGAUCGGUUGUCUUCCUGAUAUGUGAGACUCAGGAGCAUGCAAAGGCGUCCGAGAUUCGAUCCUUGUUCGCUUCCUCAAUGUAAUCCAGAUAUGAGCAUGGAAGUCCAUAUCCGAUUUACUCAGCAAGGUAGACAAGACGUAUACGCCCUCGAAUGUGGUGAAAAGCAGUAUGAAGAACCUUAUAAGAGUCUGAUGAGUGCCAUGGGACCCGGAACUUGAAGGGCUUCGAAGAGUGGGUGUAUGUGCCUAGCGUUGUAGAACACCUGCCCCCGCCGACUCUCCGUUUCAGACUUACUACAGUACAUCGUAUAUAUCAUGUACCAUGCUUAUGUCUUGCAUAUUCUAUCACAUCUUUGUUGCCUACAAGCAUCUACUUAG